UUUCAAAUAAAAACAAUUUUCCUUUUUUCUAAAAAAAAAAGUUCACGUUUUGAGAAAAGUUACAGAAAAAAGUAAACCACAUGGGUCGUAUAAUGUAGUCGAGUUUAAAAAUAACAACUUUAAAAUGUGAAAGAACCAAGCGCAAAACGAAUUAUCAUGGAAUACCAGCUAAGUAUUGCACUGUAGUUUUAUUUUCAUUGCUUUACCCAUUGUAAACCUUGAGUAUUGUUCAAAACGAAACGCGGCCGUCCCUUAUAAUACGCACUUACAUAUCUACCUGGAGUAACAUUCUAGCAUACAUACAUACACAUUUGUAUGACCUUUCGCACAUCGCUUUCAUUUACCUAUCUGAAAGUCUAGAAGCCAGUACGAACAGAGCAUUUGCUCCUGCUAAUAAAUACAACAAUAAAGAAAAAAGUGAAAUUUGUUAAUCGGGAAAAAAGAAAAAUAUACACAUUUACAUCGGAAAAUAUUCGCCGGUAUAAAUAUAUCUGAUAACGAGUCAUGGAUGAUAACCUUAGUGUGAAGUCUUCUGAAUCCUCAUUAACUACAAGUGGAGAAUAUGAAAUUGUUUCCGAAAGUAAUAUUGCAUCACCAAUAGAACAAAUGUCAGGCAACGAGUCUAUUUUGUCAACACCGAUGAAUAACAAAUCACCAACGCUUAAUAUUGCCAAUAAUCGCGAUAUUACAGACUUGCAACACGCAAUGAAGGAUGCUUUGCGUGAUAUAGAUGCUCAUUCAGACACUUCUUCAACAGCACCCAAGGCGGUGGCGUUGAAUAAACAAAAAUCUCUGACAUUACCAUUAGCUGGUACUUCGAGCCCGGUAUUGCUGGUUCCAGCAAUCGACUGUGGACAGCAACAGUUAGUUCCAUCGAAUACUGCAAUGAAGUCACAACCACAAAAUCGCCAUAACACUGAAUUCACUGUAACACCGAAAAGCGAUGACGCGUCAACAUCGGAACAUAAUCGUGUUGGCCAAUCGGUAUUUUAUGAUUGUAUUGAUGCAAGCCCAGGGGGUGUUGGUGGUGCUGGCGUCGAAGAGAAACAGGAUCUCAUGAAGCCGGAGAAAAAUGAUACAGAUGAAGAAGUUUCGGAAAUAGAUCAGGGCUGCACCAUAUUUUCGGGUGUCACGUAUUUAGGAGCUGCAAAUAUAAAUGCGCCAAAGUCGGAAAUUGACAUUUACCGUAUAAUGAAUGAAUUAAAUAGUAAUUCAGAGUCGGUUGGGCUUAAAAUAUCAGUAAGCAUACCUAACUGUUCGGACGGACUCGUUGUAUUGCACGACGCUGAAACCAACUCUGUUAUAGCCACCUAUGAGAUACAAAGCAUUAUUUUAUACUUUCGCGGUCCGGUAGAAACAUCUGAAAAUGGUUGCUUUGCAUUUACUUGGUUACAUGGCGAUUCGCUGUUUCAGUGCCAUGUUUUCCGUUGCCAUAUACCCGAAGCGGUCAAUCAAGUCAGCGCAUGUUUCCAAAAGGCCUUUCGUACAUAUCCGCCAAGCUUGACAUGUAGCUUAACCUCAGCUAUUGACACCAAUAAUAUGAACUCCAUAACAUCUGAUGUGAGUGGAAAUCCAAUAAAUACUGCCGGCUAUGAGUUUAUAGUGUCUUUGGAAAUUCGUGAAAAAGUCGCUAAGAACUCCUUUUCGGCUGUGCCACGUGAUCGAAAUUGUUUCAAAUUGCGCGCAAAUACAGACAAAGAAGUUAUUAUUACGGUGAAGCAAACAUCUUCAAAUAUAUUACAACCGUUAUUUAUAGAGCGUUGCUUCGGUGUACUAUUGAGCCCUGGAAAAUUGGUGCGUCAGGGCGAUAUGCAACUAAUUGAUAUGGUGAGCAUGAGUUAUCAAUUGCCCACCACCACCGCUGGUGGGGGUAAUGGAAACAAUGCAACUUCUGGAAGUAUAGCUUCUGGCGAAAAUGCUUUUGGUUCGGCAGCUAUGCAACAUUGCCUAAAUCCCUAUGUAAUACGUGCUGAAUGGAAAGCUAACGAAGCUGCAUUUGAACAAUUAAAUGUUGAGGCGUCUAAAAAUUUUCUUACUGUAGCUGUGGAUAUAGUGGUGCGUGGAAUACGCGAUCCUGUGCGCUUUGUAAUCGAGACACCGGUCGUAAUACAGUCGGCAAGUGAGAUACGUAUUAUGGAUCACUUUAUAUCCAAGCGGCCAAUGACUUUACGUUUUUAUUUACAACUGGAACGCACUAAUGACGAAUUCAAUUGGAAAGUUAACUCAAUUGAUCCCUCUGAGGAAAUAAAUGAACCAACACAGUCGAGUUCACUUUUAAAGUUUGGAAUGAAUAACUUGUCACGUAUUGUACGUUCCUCAUCGAGUAUAUCUAUUGAGGAUGAUUGCCCCACAGACUAUAGUAGUGAUGGUGAUGAACCAUUAUUGAGUGGUACUGGUGAAGUAUCUAAGGAAUGCUCACAAGACAAACUAGAUGAAUGGGAUCCAAUACUAAAGGAAUGGGAUGGCGAGAAAAGACCAAAAAAUUUGGCACCAUUAGUACGUUUAGGUAUACCAGAAGCUUUACGUGAAAAAAUAUGGCAGAAGCUGACAAAUGUUGAGAGCAAAACCGAAAUGCUGGACAUGUACAAGAUUUUAAUAACCAAAGAAACAAAAUGUGAAACUGUUAUACAACGGGAUAUACACAGAACUUUCCCAGCACAUAAAUGUUUCAAAGAAACUGGUGGUUCUGGACAAGACUCACUUUUUAAGGUCUCAAAGGCAUAUGCCGUAUAUGAUAGCGAAGUUGGUUAUUGCCAGGGUUUAAGUUUCAUUGCCGCUAGCCUGUUAUUGCAUAUGCCUGAAGAAGACGCAUUUUGUGUGCUGACUGCACUUAUGUACGAUUAUGGACUCCGUGAAAUGUAUAAGCAAGGUUUUGAAGCACUUUACUUGCGCUUAUAUCAACUUGACCGUUUAAUCAAAGAUCAAUUACCCAAAUUAUAUGAACAUUUUGUCGCAUGUGGCAUUGAAACACACAUGUACGCCUCGCAAUGGUUUCUUACACUCUUCACAGCACGUUUCCCACUAUGUUUCGUAUUUCACGUACUCGAUGUAUUCCUUCUCGACGGCAUGCCAUUGUUAUUUCAAGUCGCUAUAACUUUGCUAUCCAUCUGUGAGCCUGACUUACGUCAACUUGAUUUCGAAGGUAUACUUAAGUAUUUUCGCGUAACGCUACCGAAGAAAUGUCGAAGCCCUAGUCAGGCACGUCGAGUUAUGAAAAUGGCUUGCGAACGAAAAAUCAAAAAAUUGAAGCAGUACGAGGAAGAGUUCCAAUUGAAAAAGCAGCACAAAGAACGUAUGGAAAAGGAGGCACAAAUCUAUGAAAAUCGUUUUGGAGACGAAAGGCGCAAAUUGCAAGCGGAGAUUGAUGAACUGCAAAAGAAAUUGAGUGAAGCUAAUGAACGAGCAGUAGAAAAUGAAAAGAAACACACAGGCAUAAUUCAAGACUAUAAGCAAAUAAUUCAACGAUUGGAAAAUGAUAUGACCAACUACAAUGAGUCGCUGGGAAACGUGAUGAACAUUGUGUCCAAGUGCAAGAAUUGUAUUCAAAAAAUGGAAAAUACUGAUCACAGCGUAAAACUCCCGUCUGUAAUCACCAGAAAAAUGAGUAUUAGAGAAAUACAACAAUGUCAGGAGAUGUUGACAACAGAAGCACCACUUGGCCCGCUUGAUCCAAUAAAUAUUGCAGCACAACGUAUCCGUGAGCUGGAGUUGGAAUUAGCACACGCAAAAUUACAACACGUUGAGGCAGAAUGCCGCAAUCAAAGUUUGACUCAUCAGUUGACCGCCACCAUAACUGAAAUGCACGCCAAUCGCAAUAGUUGGCAACCAUGGCUUUCAAAAACACUUAAUUCACUACAAGAGAAGGUAACAACACGUGGCAGUCGUGAUGCUACCUUACCAACAUUCCAAUCAUAUACGCAACAUGCAUCUGCUAGUACAUCAGCAGCUGGUAGCGAGACUAAUUCACCUAGCAGUAAUCAGGAGUUUAAAGCAUUUUCUGUAGGAGGUUCUCCAAAAUUAUCAGCGAAAUUUCAGAACGUCAAGCUGCGUAAUAGCAUCGAUAGUUUACGCAACACAUUAGUGCCCUUGGACAACAGCGUAGAUGGGCGAGUAAUUGGUGUGGGUGUUGGUGGUGUUGUUGCUGUUGGUGCUAAUGCAACUGUUGGUACGGCUAAUAACGCAGCUGAUCGCUUCCGACAGCUCAUGGAACCGCAGCCAACAUUGAUUUAAAUGUCGACCUACAUGAAAGAUUAAAUAUUACGCUAACAUACAUAUAAAGAAUUAACUAAAGAAAAAUGUUUCUCAAAAAAUGUAUAUUAUUAUAAGGCUUAAUAAUAAUACUCACGUAAUUGCACACAUAAUCAAUUUCAUAUAUACUCGUACAUAUAAACAAAUAUAUACAUAUAAUCGUAUAUAUAACACCAUAUAUUUACGUAUUUAUAAAUACGUUAAGGCUUAGUACAUGCAUACAUAUGUAUGUAUGUAUGUAUAUCUAUCUAUAAAUAUAGCAAUGAUCAUAAUA